UAUGAAAGCGCACCCUUAUCGAGGAGGGUGGAGUGGAGUGGCUGUGAAAAGCGAAACAAUUCUUCCAAAAUUGUAUUCAGUCGCACCGAAAGCAUCAACAGCAAAAGGUUACGGCUAAACACAUAAGGAAAUGAGCUCGGGAAUAAAUGACCCUCCACCCUAUGUCAUACCGGUGGGGGACCAACAGGACAACGUGAAGGUGUACAAGGUGCACACGCCAUUCACGCCAAGCUCCGCUUCCGCCAGCUCAGGCUACAGAGUGCAGACCCAAACCACGACAGUUCAAACAACGUCCACUGACAGGGACAGGAACAAGUUUGUGAAUUAUGAAACGGAGCUCGGGCGCUCUCCUGGCAUGGUCACCUGCACCACCUGCCGAGAGCAAGUGCUCACCCAAGUCACCUAUAAAGUGGGAAUGUAUGCCUGGCUCAUGUGCCUUCUCUUCAUCCUGUGCGGGUUCGUGAUUGGCUGCUGCCUCUUGCCAUUCUGCCUCAAGUUCUUCAAAGACGUCUACCACUCCUGCCCCAAGUGUCACCGUGUUCUGCACGUGGAAAAGAAAAAAUGUUGCUGACCCCAGACGAACUCCUCGCAGCUAACAUUCACUCCAUAGAAUUUUCUUUUCUGCAGAAAAUGAAAAAAAAAAAAAACACAAAACACAA